GGCCCAGCGUGCCUCCUGCCAACCUCCGGACCUUCUCGUCUCUUCCCUUUUGGCCGGAGGAUCGGAGUUCAGAUCAGCCACUCCGCGCCCGAGCCUGACACACUGAACUCCAUUUCUUCCUCUUAAGUUUAUUUCUACUUCAGAGCCACUCACCCUCUCCCUUCCAGGAGAAAAAACAGACCUUUCUUACUCCUUAAAGUGAGAGAUUCUCCCCCCCCCCCUCCCCGCCCCAGCAUCGCAUAUUAAUAUCUCCACGUUGGAAACGCGUUGCAUUUUCUUUUUUAAAGGAAUCCCAGCCAGGGACGUUUUUCUAUUGGGCAUUGACUUUCGACUGCUUUGCAAAAGUUUCGUAUUAAAAACAACUCUACCUGACCCGCUCUGAGAAUUACUAGUUUCUUUUUAUAUUUUUUUUCUCACUUUAAACAACAACAGCAACGUUUCCUCCUUUUAAAAACAUGCACUACUGUGUGCUGAGAACCCUUUUGCUCCUGCAUCUGGUCCCGGUGGCGCUCAGUCUGUCUACCUGCAGCACCCUCGACAUGGACCAGUUUAUGCGCAAGAGGAUCGAGGCCAUCCGCGGGCAGAUCCUGAGCAAGCUGAAGCUCACCAGCCCCCCGGAAGACUAUCCGGAGCCGGAUGAGGUCCCCCCGGAGGUGAUUUCCAUCUACAACAGUACCAGGGACUUACUGCAGGAGAAGGCAAGCCGGAGGGCAGCCGCCUGCGAGCGCGAGCGAAGCGACGAGGAGUACUACGCCAAGGAGGUUUAUAAAAUCGACAUGCCGUCCCACUUCCUCUCCGAAAAUGCCAUCCCGCCCACUUUCUACAGACCCUACUUCAGAAUUGUCCGCUUUGAUGUCUCAACAAUGGAGAAAAAUGCUUCGAAUCUGGUGAAGGCGGAGUUCAGGGUCUUUCGAUUGCAGAACCCCAAAGCCAGAGUGGCUGAACAACGGAUUGAACUGUAUCAGAUCCUUAAAUCCAAAGACUUAACAUCUCCCACCCAGCGCUACAUUGAUAGCAAGGUUGUGAAAACCAGAGCAGAAGGUGAAUGGCUCUCCUUUGACGUGACGGACGCCGUGCAGGAGUGGCUUCACCACAAAGACAGGAACCUAGGAUUUAAAAUAAGUCUACACUGCCCCUGCUGUACCUUCGUACCGUCUAAUAAUUACAUCAUCCCGAAUAAAAGUGAAGAGCUGGAGGCGAGAUUCGCAGACUGGAGUCACAACAGUCCAGCCGGCGGAAGAAGCGUGCUUUGGAUGCCGCCUAUUGCUUUAGAAAUGUGCAGGAUAAUUGCUGCCUUCGCCCUCUUUACAUUGAUUUUAAGAGGGAUCUUGGAUGGAAAUGGAUCCAUGAACCCAAAGGGUACAAUGCUAACUUCUGUGCUGGGGCAUGCCCUUAUCUAUGGAGUUCAGACACUCAGCACACCAAAGUCCUCAGCCUGUACAACACCAUCAAUCCCGAAGCUUCUGCUUCCCCCUGCUGCGUGUCCCAGGAUCUGGAACCACUGACCAUCCUCUACUACAUCGGCAACACGCCCAAGAUCGAACAGCUUUCCAACAUGAUCGUCAAGUCUUGUAAAUGCAGCUAAAGUCCUCGGGAAAGCCAGGACACGAGAACCACGGUGACAACGGAGCAUGACGACAGCAACUACGAUGAUGUUCAUGACAGGAGGGAGUUUUGAUUCAUCAGUGUUUUUUUAAAAAAAAAAUAAAAUAAAAUAAAAUUGGAGAGAAAAAAAAAUCGGUACUAGUUCAAACAUUUUGCAAGCUUGUGUUCUGUUAAAAUUGGCAUCUGAAAUUACAGCCACAACAACCACAACAAAUGGAAGGCAUUAGUCUGCAUCUCACCUACUUCCUGACAGACACAAAAAGAAAACAUCUUUUUUUUUUUAAAGGAAAAAAUAAACACUGGAAGAAUUUGUUAGAGUUAAUUAUGUGAAAGAAAAACAAAAUGAAACAGGAAAAUCCAUUUAAUGGAGUUGUACAUAUUGUUUCCACCCCACACUUCACCCCACGCCUCUCCUGGUUCCUCUGUAUUACUCUGCAGUGGAUGCGCUCCCUGUCCCUUCCUCAGAGCUAACAGUGGGUUAUUUAUUGUGUGUUACUAUAUAAUGAACCUUUCAUUACCCUUGGAAAAUAAAACAGGUGUACAAAUGGAGACCAAAUACUUUGCCACAAACUCAUGGAUGGCUUAAGGAAUUUGAACUCAAAUAAGCCAGGGGGGAAGGAGGUCAUACUGGAUGACCCUCGUGAGUCAUUAUAGGACCGAGCAAGUCUGCGGAAAAAAUCAAAGCUCCAGCUGUGCACCGCCUGCCUGCCGAAGCUUCAUGGACGGCCAUAUGCCCAGAAGGCCUGUUAACAAAGAAAACUUGGAAUCAGUGGGAAUCUGGAAGAUUUGGAUUAUUUUUCCCUUUUAAUUGUAAAUGGUUCUUUGCCAGUUUAAGCAAGCCAGUGAAAUGUUGACCUGUUUUGAUAUGUAUUGUCAGACUUUUGACCGUGAAGUGGCUAUUGAUCUACAAUACAGGUUUUUCCUUUGUCUUGGUAUAUGUAAUUACAUGGAUAUUAUUAAAAUAGACGGGUCUAGAAGCCAGCAUGAUUGAAAACACACUGCAGAUCUGUUUUACAAACUAUCAAAUCUAAACAGUAACUACUUUACAUGUAAUGUGUAGAUCUUACCACAUUUUUAAUAUUCUGUAAUAAUGAUUAUGACUUAGAUUGAACUUAAACUUGGACUCUUUUUUUUUUUUUAAUGAUCAUUCAGAUUGUAUGUUUGUUUCCUUUAGCUGGCCAGUACCUUUGAAUAAAACCCCUAGAUUUUGACCUGUACUACAAAUUCAAUUUUUUUUAUACUAUCUUCUUUGUCUGUAUUUUAUCUAUUGUCCAUUUAAUGACAUAAACUACCUGGGUCUAUUCCUCCUGCCCACCCUUGUGUUCCUUCUAUUUUCCAAAAGAUGAAAAUCAAACCAAACAAAAACAAAGCCCAAAAAGAUAGGAUUGAGUUCCACAGUGUUCCCCCAUCUUUUCUGCAUCAGUAUGAGUCAGGUCGGAUGGUAAACAGUGCCUCUGGGAAAAUGGAGCCUCAUGAACACAGAAAACUGAGCACAAGCAUAGGUUUAGAAAGGGUUUAAGAACAUGAACUCGAGAGUCUUGGUGACUGGGCUAGAAAAAGUUUCUUUAACUCAUAUAUUUAUGGAUUCUUUUUGCUAUUCAAAAGCAGACAGGUCAAAGGAAGCAACUUUUUCUUUAAUUGGGCUUUUGGUGUUCAUGGGGAGUAUUGAAAGAUACACAGUUUGGCUGAGUUUUUCAAAAGGGGGAAAAGUCCAGGCCGCCACUCAUCUUUUUAUUCUUAAUUUCAUUCAUUAUUUCCUUGAUUUUACUGAAGUUCAGGUGUUGAAAGACAUUUUUUGCAGGCUGAAAAAAAAAAAAAGCACAAACCAAAAUUUCCCUUGUCAAAAUAUUCUUCCGUUCACCUGAGCAAGCAUGCUUCUUCCGUUCACCUGAGCAAGCACGCUGUACGGCCAAGGUCAGCUUUCACUUGGCUUGAGGUUGUUGGAUCUCAGUGGUGGGACAUGAUGGUGGACUUUUCAGGGUGGGUAUCCUUGUCACAGAGCUCCAAAAUAUAAUCCAGUCCACGAAACGAUGGGCUAUUUGUGGUCUCAUCCUGAGGGCAGCACAGUGAGGUGUGAAUACAAAGAGAAUCUCUCUGAUAUUGUAUGCUUAUCUGAGGAGCUUUCCUCAAAAUUCACUAAGAUGAAGAAUAGAAUUUGCAAGCCAGAAGACAGACAGAGCAAGCGCUGGUGAAUGGCCCUGUGUCGGGUGUAGCACAGAUGUGCCCAGAUGUGCCCCCUGUGCUUCAAUUCUUUCCCCUCCCACAUUUCUGUUAUUUCUCUAUGAUUCCCCACCACCCCUAUUUCUGCAGAUAUUUUCCUCUCAGAUAAAAUGACAUUAGUUUUGUUCUGUAUGAUUUGUCUCUCCUUCUGAAUGCACUGACUGCUCUUUUAAGGGUUCUUGAAUCUUUUUUGUUUAAGUCUGUGGGUUCUACAGGUCUUUCUUUCCCAUUAGUAAAUGU